GACCUGGAGAGCGAUGUUGCCGAGCAGCCACGUCCCAGUCAUAAGGAUGCGACUAUGAAGAAGAAAGAGCCAAACCAUCCUCCAAUCUGGCGUAAAAACGUAUGCUAAACGAAUAAACCAACAUGAAUUGCAUCAUGCAUUUUCGAUCCAAACAUGAAACCCAAGUCAGCAACAAAUAGGUCCAAUGAGUGAGCAGAUGCGAGAGUGCCACAUCCAGCGGUUCGUUGGCGCGGGUGCGGCGGCAGUGCGCAGGCGCGCGGCUAACGACCGGCACGCCGUGCGCGGCCUCGCUGCGCGCUGCUAAUGCAUGCGAGAGCAAUUAGUCAGCAGCCAGGGUCGGCGCCGCGCCGACGCGCCCGCUCCGCAGCUCGCAGAACAAGUGGUCCUGGCGCCGCACGGAGGCCGCGCGAUGCGCGCGCGGGCGUGGUCGUGGUGGGCGGCGCUGCUGCUGGGCGCCGUGCGCGCGCGGGAGCUGGACCCCGCCGCGUGCGCGCCGCGCUUCGACGUGCAGCGCGACAAGAUCAUCCGCACGGAGGAGUCGCGCGACAUGGGCGCGCGCUACCUGUCCGAGCUGGACGUGGGCGCGCGCGCCGAGUGCCUGCGCCUGUGCUGCGAGACCGACGCCUGCGACGUCUUCGUCUACGAGGAAAAGGGCCCCGGCAGCUGCUACCUGUUCAACUGCGGGCCGCCCGAGGACUUCCGCUGCAAGUUCACGGCGCACAGCAACUUCAGCAGCGGCGUGCUGGCCAUCAGCCGGCGCCUGGCCGAGCUGCAGGACCAGGAGCGCCUGGCGCACCACGAGCAGGAGCUCGCCAACCUGAGGAGCGGCGUGGCUACCAGCACGGCGCGCACCACGGCGGCCAGCACCGCGCCCCCCGCGCCCGCGCCGCCGCCGCCCGCCGCGCCCGCGCCCACGCCUGCACCCAGCGCGCGCUGCAGCCGCUACCAGUUCGCGUGCAGGCGCGGCGGCGAGUGCAUCGCCGUGUACAACGCGUGCGACGGGGUGCCGCAGUGCGCUGACGGCUCGGACGAGGCGCCCGAGCUGGGCUGCCCGCCCGCCCGCGCGCCGCCCACCACCGCGCCGCCGCCCAAGCUGCCUCAGGCGGCAGCCGGGCCCACCGCGCCGCCCGUCGGCUACGGCGAGCUCGACGCCCACUCGGCCGGAGCGGAGACGCGGUUCCGCGCGGGCGACGCCGCCGGGCUGCUGCAGGCCGCGCCGGAGCCGGCGGCCGACGUGCCGGAGCGCUGGCCGCACCGGCUGGCGCAGGCGCAGCCACAGCACCGGUAUAACGAGGGAGGAGCGAGCUCGCACAUCUUCAGCCACAAGGGCGGGCUGCUGCAGGAGCCGGACAGCGGCGCGCAGUUCCCGGCGUUCGAGCCGCCCGCGCCCUGGCCGCGCCGCGCCUGGCCGCCGCCGCCCGGCGGCGCGGCGCUGGAGGGCGCGGCGGAGCGCGGCUGGGGCUACUGGCCCGAGCCCGACCCGCGCCGCGCCUGGCCCGUGCCGCGCGCUGACCAGGAGAUGCCAGUGUACAUCCCCCCGAAGACCAUGCCGGAGAUCCCGGUGGUGUACUCCAGCCAGCAGCAGACGCUACGCGACAGCCCUAAGAAGGGCUUCGAGCUGCUGAAGAAGGAGGCGUCCGAGGCGCCGCCGCCCGAGCGCCACAACUCCAGCGCCGCCAACGUCACGCGCGAUAAGAGUGUGCCGGCGAGCAAGCCGGCGGAGGCGGAGAAGGCGGCGGCGGCGGCGGCGCACGUGCACUUCCCGGCGGACGAGCACGACGGGCUCAGCGAGCACCCGCCCGCCGCCAUGAUGCUGCUCGUGCUGGGGCUGUUCAUGCUGACGGCGAUGCUGGGCAUGCUGACGUGCCGCGCGCGGGCGGCCAUGCGGCGCCGGCGCGGCCGCGGCAAGUCGCCCUUCGCUCACGACGCCGACUACCUUGUCAACGGCAUGUACUUGUAGCAGCCGCCGAGCUCCACAUCACUUACUUAAAUUAUCACUUUGUCGCCAUCUUUUAGUGACAUAUAGGUACUAUGCAAGUUUCUUAAAGAAAUAAAAUAUAUUUUUAUUAAU